GUAGACGCCUUACCUAUUGUUUUUGCAUCUGUCCAUCGUCCUUUCUUUUUCAUUUUACAUGUCGACUGCGACGGACAAAGCUCCUGAAAUUCGUUUCCGUCAUGUCAGACGACGUCUGUCGACCAACGAUGACAGCGCCCAGGAUAUACGCUCACCGUCCUGUCGUCGUCGUAACCAGUCCCUAGAGGCUUUGGACCUCUCCACUGUGUCUGCAAAGCAAACGUUGGCAUCUCUUCGGGUUGUCAUCCUUUCCUAUCUUGCAGAUCUGGAAUACCGUUUGUCGCAGUUGGAGUCCCCUAUAUCUGACAUUGGCAUCGCUGAAAUGUUCAAAUCAAAAGGGGAGUCAAAGGUAGAGGAGAUCAGGGUGUGGGCAAAAGUCGCAAUAGACAUGCUGCAAAGCAUACGCACGGAUGUAUGCUGGCAUCUUCCAGGACUUCAUCUACCCGACAAGUCAGUCGAGGAGUUCGUCAAAUCUCAUCUUCCCGAUUUACCUAGCGUUUCAUCCUUCAAUGAUAUGCGCUCACGGCUCCCAGAUAUGCCUGACGUUCGGUCGCAUCUUCCUGCCCUUUCUAUGCCGGACAUCACUUCACGACUAGACGAUGUUCGUUCCAGGUUCUCUGACUUAGAUUUCCAGGCGCCUUUGGGUUAUAUACCUACACUGUCCGAUCGACUACAUUCCCUACAAGCACAUCUCAGCUCGUUUGAGUUCCACUCGAGUGACCUUCCAUCGUUCGAGCCGAACUCCGUGCUAUCUGAUCUUCUAGACUCGUUGCUUUCCUCGGAGCUACUCACGGAGCUCUCUGACGAUGUUACUGAGGCAGAAGAUAUGCUGGAAAGAGCUGCAAGGGACAUUACCCGUGCGGUUUCACAGUCUUUCCAUGGGUCGCGCCUUAUCCAGUAUGUCGAUCUACCGCCUCAGUGGAGGAACAACCCAUUUGUUACUGGGGGAUAUCGUUUCAUUCCGAUCGAGAAAUGGCCCCUUAUAAUCAUGUCCCUGUUUGCUGUUCAUAAUGAAACUCUUAAUAUAUACACACACUUAAUCCCAUUUUUACUGUGGCUAAUCAACUUAAUCCCCUUGCUUAGUUCCACAAGUUUGUCUGAUCCCCCGGAAGUUGCAUUCCUAUCUUUUGCACUUUUCUGUCUAUUCAGCAGUGUACUGUGGCACACUAUGGCAGGCUGUGCACAUCCCGAGGGUAUGGAGCUGUGUGCUCGAAUCGACUACGUCGGCAUUGGCUGGUUAAUUAGUGCUAGCGUAGGCACCGUCGUACAUUAUGGUUUUCAAUGUCACCCAGACGUUGGGAAGCUGUUUCUACUGUGCUGUUUGACCACAGGAAUCACAGGAAAUGCAUUCCCUUUCUUCAAGUGGUUCAACGACCCUGCCUAUAGACAUUGGCGUAUAGCGUUCUUUCUUUCACUGGCCUUUUCCGCUGUCGCUCCCUUAGCUGCGCUAGCACAUCUGCAUUCCGCACAACAGAUGUUUGAAUUCAUAAGUCCCGUAUGGCCCUCAAUCAUAUCUUAUCUCCUGGGCCUAGUUUUCUAUGCCACCCACAUACCUGAGCGUUUUCUUUCCCCAAAGCAUUCACAUUGGCUUGAUUUUUGCGGCGGUGGCUCGCACGCGAUAUGGCAUGCGUUCAUAGUUCUGGCAAUCAGUCAGCAUCGAGCGGCUAUAAGCGCAAUGCGGCCAGGGAUUGGUUGUCCUGCUGUCGUCUAAAUCGGAGUCAAUGCGACAGAAUCUCUCGGUUGGUUGUUAGUUUUCCUCGUCUGGGGUUGUUGUCUAAGCAGUUACGCUCUUUAUUUCCUUUCAAUUUUCAUUG